UUUAUUAUACUGACUAUAAAAACAGCACUCUCUGCUUCUCUGCAACACAUUAUUACUACCCACUCAUCUAGAGAGAGAGAGAGAGAGUAAAAGAGACAUCGGAGAUGGAAGGCAAAGAAGAAGAUGUUAGAGUCGGAGCUAACAAGUUUCCGGAGAGACAGCCGAUCGGAACAUCGGCUCAGAGCGACAAGGACUACAAGGAGCCACCUCCUGCUCCCUUGUUCGAGCCCGGCGAGCUUGCUUCGUGGUCCUUCUGGAGAGCAGGAAUCGCCGAGUUCAUCGCCACGUUUCUGUUCCUUUACAUCACUGUUUUGACCGUCAUGGGUGUGAAGAGGUCGCCGAACAUGUGUGCUUCUGUCGGAAUCCAAGGCAUCGCUUGGGCUUUCGGUGGUAUGAUAUUCGCUCUCGUCUACUGCACCGCUGGUAUCUCCGGUGGACACAUCAACCCUGCCGUCACGUUCGGUCUGUUCUUGGCGCGGAAGCUUUCGCUGACACGAGCUGUGUACUACAUAGUGAUGCAGUGCUUAGGAGCUAUCUGUGGAGCUGGUGUGGUCAAGGGGUUCCAACCAAAGCAGUACCAAGCUCUUGGAGGUGGAGCCAACACUGUAGCUCAUGGUUACACCAAAGGAAGUGGUCUCGGAGCUGAGAUCAUUGGAACCUUUGUCCUCGUUUACACCGUCUUCUCCGCUACUGAUGCUAAGAGAAACGCUCGUGACUCUCAUGUUCCGAUUCUUGCACCUCUCCCUAUUGGAUUCGCUGUGUUCUUGGUCCACUUGGCAACCAUCCCCAUCACUGGAACUGGAAUCAACCCAGCAAGAAGUCUUGGUGCUGCCAUCAUCUUCAACAAGGACAACGCUUGGGAUGACCAUGUGAUGGGUCUUCUGGGUUGGACCAUUCAUCGGUGCUGCACUUGCUGCUCUGUACCACGUGAUCGUCAUCAGAGCCAUCCCAUUCAAGUCCAGAAGCUGAUUGAGCCACUCUUUAUAAACUUGGCUUUUUGUUCUAUUAGUUUGGUUUUCCUUUUGUGAAUGUACUAUACUAGUACUUGUGUGAAACAUCGUGUGUAUGUGUUGGUUCCUCUUCUUUUGCCUAAUGCAGACUCUAUUUAUAAAACAGAGUCGGAGAUAAUUGUGAUCCCUCUUCUACAAUUUCUAUCAAACAUUCUGGGCAGA